AAAAGGAAGGCUUUAUAAGAGCGCAGCAUAGGCAUUCUAGAGUGCUGUAGGUUGCUGUGCAUAUAGGUAUCUAAACAUGUCUGGAAGAGGAAAGACUGGCGGGAAGGCACGUGCCAAGGCUAAGACUCGCUCUUCUCGAGCUGGAUUGCAGUUCCCCGUUGGUCGUGUUCACAGACUUCUAAGGAAAGGCAAUUAUGCUGAGCGUGUAGGUGCUGGUGCUCCCGUCUAUUUGGCUGCUGUGCUCGAGUACCUGACCGCUGAAAUUCUCGAGUUAGCUGGGAAUGCUGCCCGUGACAACAAGAAAACGAGAAUCAUUCCUCGUCACCUGCAGCUGGCUGUGCGUAAUGAUGAGGAGCUCAAUAAGCUGUUGGGUGGCGUAACCAUCGCUCAGGGUGGUGUGCUGCCGAACAUCCAGGCCGUGCUUCUCCCUAAGAAGACCGAGAAACCCGUUAAGAGCAAGUAAUCUACGGCAAUACGUUUAUCAACACCAACGGCUCUUUUCAGAGCCACC